UAUUCUUCGCGAUUUUCUAUGCGCUUACCAUACAUAGUGUAUCGCAAGCACGUGUUAUAGGCGUAUGCAUGUAUGCAUGUAAGAUCAUUUGGAAUAUAUUGGCAUUCCAAAGAACGCGUUCGAAACAAGAUGAAACUUUCUUUUCCUAGUUAGGCUAGUGAAAAUGUUAAUCUCGAAAUACCUAACGGGCACGCGAUCGUACUUUUACUGCUACUAUCGUUUCACCGCUUACGAUGCGUACGAUAGAAUAAUAAAGCAGAGAUACCGGUUUCCGCAAUCAACGCUAAUUGUAUGUAGUUUACUGACGAUCCACCGCACAAGAACGUUUUCUCCGUUUCUUCGUUUCUCUUUUCCCGGAUAAAGGAAGACUACACUUUGAACACUAGAAUAUGUAGAUUGUAGAUGUAACUUUAUUUCGCCUUUUUUCUCAUUAAUGUAAAUGACCUUUCUUGACCUUCGAAGACCUUAAUGUUAGAUUCGUCUGGGAUCAGAAAAUAAGUACCAAAACAUAGCGUUCUAUCUAAAGAAACAAAGAUGACCUUCGUAUCUCUGAAGCAACUCCAGCUACAUAGUAAGAAAAGAUUAUUUCGGAGUUAUUCUAGGUGGCAAUAGUUAAUGCCUAACCCUGUAUGUUAUAUUGUAUGUAAAAAGUGUAAAAAGUGUAAAACGUGUAAAAAGUGCAGUUAAUCGGCAGUACCUAAUCGGCGAUGUUCGACAAGGAUCGACGUUUCCUGGAGCCGCGAUAAUGUCUGCGGUCGCAACCAACUCGAACUCGAACUCGAACUCGAAAGUCUGGCGAUAAAAGAAGCAGUCGGUGAAGAAAUACGGAUCCGUCAAGAUGUUUUCGUCGACGGUUUUCGUCGCGAUUGCAAUACUCGCGAUCGACGCGAUCGAAUCGUUAUCGCGGACGAAUGUGAUCAUUGGUAAAACUCUUCCUCGAGUGGCUUUGUGUUGUCCGUACGCGAGUCGUUUGUCGGCUGGUCGAUGCUUCGAAACGAACAUCACCAUUUUCCGUUUUCCAUCUCUAUACCGUUCCAACGAUUUAUCUCUUCUCCUCGAAACGCCCGAUCGGGAUUGCUUCGAUUUUUUCAUUCGAUAUCCUUGUAAUGCCAGUCAAAGCUACAAUCUAGAUCCGGAAAAAUAUCCAGAGGACGCGUUUAUGCUUCUCGAUAACGGUUCGAUCUAUAAACAGCCGGAGAACGUUAUUCUCGAGGAGACGGAAUACUGUUUCGGCAUCACCGACACCGACGCCUACUACGUUGUCCUUUGCUUCGACGAUGACACGUCACAGGUUAAGGAUGAUACGUCAACGGAAAUCAGGAUCGUCUUUCCCGUGGGAUUGAUCGUAUCGGUACCGUUCCUGUUCGCCACCUUUCUCGUCUACACGCUUCUACCAGAAUUGAAGAACAUGCAUGGACGCACACUCCGAGGAUACAUCGGUUCUCUCUUGGUCGCUUACGUGAUACUUUUCGUCGUACAGAUCUCCUCGCAAGACCAGAUUUCGGAUCCUCUUUGCAUCGCGUUCGCCUUCGUCAUCCAUUUCUCCUUCUUGGCCAGCUUUUUCUGGUUGAACGUAAUGUGUUUCGAUAUUUGGUGGACGUUUGGAGGUUUUCGAUCACUGCAGGGCAGCGUGAAGCAAAGGGAACGAAAGAAAUUUUUAAUAUACUCUGUCUAUGCUUGGGGCUGUGCGUUUCUUCUUACCGGGGUCUGCAUCGUUAUGGAUUUUCUUCCCAAUAUUCCGGAUCACUUUGUCAAGCCGGAAUUCGGGACGCAAAGUUGCUGGUUCAACACGGAUAAGGCAAAGGCGAUCUACUUUUACGGACCCAUGGGUGUUACUGUCUUUUGCAAUAUAUGCCUUUUCGUUUCUACGGCACUAAAGAUCGUGCAACACAAAAAGGAUACGGCUCAUCAUUUGAAAGGUAUAGACAGCAGACGUCACGACGACAAUAAGCAAUGGUUCAACCUCUACCUGAAGCUAUUCAUCGUGAUGGGUAUUAACUGGUCGAUGGAAAUAGUAUCGUGGCUAUGCAACAAUUCACCGGCGUACAUUUGGUACCUUACCGACCUUACCAACACAUUGCAGGGUGUUAUUAUCUUUUUGAUUUUCGUUUGGAAAGACAAAAUCAGACGGCUACUUUUAAAACGAUUCGGAUGCCAUGGAAACAACGUUCUCUCAAGAAACUCGACUCGCAGCGCGUAUCACAGCUCUGCUUCUCGUACAACUUGUACGACAUCGGCCGUACCGCUUCACGAGAAGAUUAUCACGUAUUCGAGCGACCCCGCCUCUCGCAACAGGACUACAUUUAUUGACAACAACGAUUGCGUUUAACGCGUAAUCCCCUCGAUAAAUGAUACAAUCUUCAAACUUCGUUACCUUACGUCUUUUCCUCAAUUUCGACCCCUUACAAUGCUCGGCUCAACCCGUAGUUGUGUAAUCGACGACUAAUCUGAAUCUGUAUCUCUAUCUCUAUCUAUCUAGUCACCGAUGAGUUACCAUUGCAUUUAACAUAAAUUUAAUAACGAUUUUUUACGAAUUUCACAAUUUUAUUUUCAAGAAAACGUAAUGCUAAUUAUAUGUAUAUUGAAAAUAAUGUAACGCUAAAUAAUCUAACGUGUUUUUUCCUAUCAAUGGAUGAGUAAUGUAUCGAUAAUGAAAAUGAAAUACUAAAAACUGCUUCGUGUUCAGCGUUAAAAGGUUAUCAAGUUGUGCUUAAUGUAAAAAGGAAGUGACAAAAAUGCUGGCCAUCGUCUACCUUAAAAUUUACAUUAAAUUCCUUAUUUUUACGAUGUCAAGUAUUUGAAAAUUUUGUACAUUUUUCUUACGUACCUAAUUCGCAUACACACAUCGUACAUGCGUACACGCGCGUGCAUGCGAGCGACCGCAUACAUACAACACGUACACAGUAUACAUGUAUU